GUCAGUGUUAGAUUUUCUGUGUUCUUUGUGUCCUUUAUCCUCGAGUCGCAGCCGCCUCCUCAUCCAGCUCCUGAGAAGAAUGUGACACUUAGUGCAUUUUUUCCACAUGCCUCCACUAAGACAUUCCUGAAGCUUCGUUUCCCCCACAGGCAGUGACAAAGGGCACAGAAUUGCAUCUUUGAGUGAGAGGCACGGCCGGAAUCUGUGUUUUCACACUCUGAAGGCAAAAGUAUGGAAGCCCGUGUCUUCUGAUUGGAUCAGCCCUCCAGAUGUCUUUAUGUGUUCUGUCCAAGUAUUUUUUUAGAAUAGUUCUGUCGGGAAAAUCAUAGGGGACUUUCUGGUUUUGAAGAGCUGAGUGGUGUUUUAAUACUGUUAUGAGGUGUGCUACACAUUCUGCUUCAUUACAGUUCACUUCCUGUCCACCCUGGUCCAGGGAGGAGUAGAAAGAGAAGUUUUUUCGGACUGUUCAGAGAAUAGAUAUGAAAGGAAUAACAAUUGAAACCUUUCAACAUGUGUAUAAAAGACACAAAAUGUGUCAUAAACACAUUUUUCUAAAUUCAUUACAGUGCGUUACGUGUCAUUCUUUGAGCUGGCAGAUCUUUCAGCUGUGUAUGAGAAACAUAACAGAGUAGUUGCAAUUUAGUAUAAUCUGUUUAAAAUACAUGUUCCUCCCUCUCUUUGAACAAUCUGUCCAAAAUGCAAUCCAUUCAUGUGGGAUUUUGCCUGUACAGCCCUGAGUGGGAAUCAGUAGUUUCUUUGUUCGUCACUAUGGAAACAAGUCAGCCUAUCCCCGACGGCUGUCAGAUCUCGCAGGCUGCCGCUGCCAUCCACUCGGCCACAGCUCUUCCCGCUGGGAGCCCAGCCAUGCAGGACCUGCCCCGGCGGUGCUCGGCCCUGCCCUUCCUCAGCGCCUUCUUCCAGGGCCGCCGGCACUCAUCCUCGGACCCCAUCCCGCAGCAGGGCCGGCGCGGCUCGGCCGCCCAGACGCUCUCCUCGGCCUCCCUCCAGGUGAUGGUGGCAGUGGCCUCUGUCAGCUGUGCCGAAAGAAACCCAACUUGCCUCCAGAGAAAAAGAAAUUCAGGACGUCCGACACCGAAGUAUACAAAAGUCGGAGAGCGUUUGCGGCAUGUGAUUCCUGGACACAUGGCCUGCUCCAUGGCGUGCGGUGGCAGAGCGUGCAAGUAUGAAAACCCGGCCCGCUGGAGUGAGCAGGAGCAGGCCAUUAAGGGGGUCUACUCGUCAUGGGUCACUGAGAAUAUCCUGGCCAUGGCUCGCCCGUCCACAGAGCUCCUCGAGAAGUAUGGCCUCAUUGAGCAGUUCCAAAGUCAUGGCAUAAAAACAGUCAUCAACCUGCAGCGCCCUGGCGAGCAUGCCAGCUGUGGGAACCCUCUGGAACAAGAGAGUGGCUUCACAUACCUUCCUGAAGCUUUCAUGGAGGCUGGCAUUUAUUUCUACAAUUUUGGAUGGAAGGAUUAUGGUGUAGCAUCACUCACCACCAUCUUGGAUAUGGUGAAGGUGAUGACAUUUGCCUUACAAGAAGGAAAAGUAGCGGUCCAUUGUCAUGCAGGGCUUGGUCGAACAGGCGUUUUAAUAGCAUGUUACUUGGUUUUUGCAACAAGAAUGACCGCUGACCAAGCAAUUAUAUUUGUUCGGGCAAAGCGACCCAAUUCCAUACAAACUCGAGGACAGCUGCUCUGCGUCAGGGAGUUUACUCAGUUUCUGAUUCCUCUUCGCAAUAUAUUCUCUUGCUGCGACCCCAAAGCGCAUGCCGUGACUUUAGCACAGUAUCUUAUUCGCCAGCGGCAUCUGCUUCACGGGUAUGAGGCCCGACUCCUGAAACACGUACCCAAAAUUAUCCACCUCGUCUGCAAAUUGCUGCUGGACUUAGCCGAGAACAGGCCAGUGGUGACGGCAGAGGUGGCAGAAGUGCCCAGCCUGUCCGCUGAGAUUGAGAAGACGGUUUCUGAGAUGAUCACCCUGCAGCUGGAUAAGGAGUUGCUGAGGCAGGGCAGCGACGCAUCCGACUGCUUCCCCGCCACCGCGGUGGCCACGGAUUUUGAGAAUCAGGAUGUGAUUCUUUCCAGCGAGCAAGGGAUUGACCCUCUCUGGAAGAGGCGGAAUGUCGAGUGCCUUCAGCCCCUGACUCACCUGAAGAGGCGACUCAGCUACAGUGACUCAGAUUUAAAGAGGGCCGAGACGCUUCUGGAACACGGGGAGACUCCGUGGACGGGGCCUGCCCAGGCCUUGCUUGGCCGUAACCCCAGGCCGCAGAAGCCCGUAAGCCACUGUUACACCCCCCAGUCUCCACAGCUUGAGCCAAGUAAGGAAACACUUGUCCGAAAUACAUUCUCUUUCUGGAAUCAGGCGAAAUUUGGAGGCCUGGAAGGACUCAAAGAUGAGGAGUCACCGCUUUUCCAUAGGGAGACUGUUGCAAAGGAAGUACAGCGGAGUCGAACCUUCUCUUCGGGUGUUUCAGGUUUAUACAACCCUAGGGAGCCAGUUACACCGAACCUUGCAGAUACCCCGACGGAAUCAGACAGUUCUCCCCAGCAAGUGCCCCGCUGUCAGUAUGAAACUCCCACUGGUUGCUGCUCCGACACGCCCCGCAGGCCCCUGGACUGUGGCUUCAGCCCCAAAGCACCCUUUUCCGGCGGACGCAGCCAAGCCCAGGACAGCAGAGAUGUGUCCGCAGCUGCUGCACACAGUGUUGUGCAGUCUGGACUGAGUGCCGAAGCCAGGAGAGUACUGGCAGCCAAAGCCCUGGCAAGCUUAGAUGAGUUGGCAGAGAAGGAGGAGGUGAAGAGGAAGGUAGAAAUGUGGCAGAAAGAACUAAAUUCCCGAGAUGGAGCUUGGGAAAGAAUAUGUGGCGAAAGGGACCCUUUCGUCCUGUGCAGUCUCAUGUGGUCCUGGGUGGAGCAGCUGAAGGAGCCCGUGAUCACCAAACAGGACGUGGACACGCUGCUCGGCAGCCGCGCGGACACCGCGGACGCGCUGUCUCUGCUAGAGAAGGGCCAGCACCAGACCAUUCUCUGCGUGCUGCACUGCAUUGUGAGCCUGCAGGCGAUCCCUGCUGACGUGGAGGAAGCCAUCCUCACCCGCGCCAUUAAAGCCUUCACCAAGGGGGAUCCUGAUAGAAAGUUCAACCUAGCAGUUGUCCAAAUCCAGCUUUGAAAAGGUUGGGAGACAUUUAUGGCCAUUUGCCCUGUACACAUCUUAUGAACAGAGAGCCUGGCCACUCUCGUUCUGCGCCAGCUCUUCAAGGAGGCUGUACAGCAGCUGCUUCCAGUGUGACAAGGGUCCUGUUUCCCUUCAGCCAGAGCUUCCCAGGCCUGCGACCCCUCAGCAAACACUGGGGUCACCUGCACUCGGAAAGACUAGCUAGGAUGCAGAGCCCCUGCUUGUGUGGCCCACAACUCUUUGGGGGACGGGGGGCUUGGAGGGCGAGGACAACCGUGUGAUUGUGACACACAUGCUGUCUGGUGUCAUAGAGUUUUUUGUCUCUGACCCGGCUGUCUUGUGUCCACAAACAUGUUGGCCAGGCCCAGACCCUCUGCAGCACUGCCCAGGGAGCCACAGUUUCUGUUGGAGUGGGAGUGGGCAGACGAGUGGGAAUUGCUCUGCUUCUCUGUCCUCCUGUCACUCGACCCUGCAGCCUGCUGAACUUGGGCCAACAGCCCAAAUACAGGGACUCAGUGUGUCCCCACUCUAGAGCAAAGCAACGAACUUCCAUGAAAGAUCUCUUUGGCCAGCAAACACGUUAAUUUUGACUCUGAAAAUGGACCAGUAGUUUACAACACCCUAAAGAAAAUAUUUAAGCACACACUGGAAGAAAACAGGAAAAUGAUGA